UUGGGGCAGCUCCUCGCGCUCGGCCCUGCUCGGCGGCGAGAGCUCCGCCCGGGCGCCGGGCUUCCACAGCCGCGAGAGACGGCGGGCGCCGAGGGGACGGGCCGACCUCCGCGCACCAUUUGCUGGCCCGGUGCGGGUGGGCGAGCGGCGAGCGCCCGGGAGAGCGGAGAGCCAGGCCAGCCCGGAGUGCGCCGGAGACACCCCGAGCGCCCCGCGUUCUGGCACCAUGCGACCCGCCGCGCGUCCUCCUCGCGGGCCCGGGGCUUCGCUCUCCGCUCGCUGAGCCCCUGCGCUCGCCACCACGGAAACUCGGAAAGAGGAGGCGAGGCUGUGGGGAGCGGCGCGGGGACGGACUAGGCUUCCCCUCCGCCCCCAAGAGGCUGCCGGUCCCCGGUUCCCUGGGCUUCUCCAGCUUUAUCAUGAACCUGGCGCAAGGUUGGCUUUAGGAGAAAUUCAGGAGCCGGAGAGUCAAGGCAAUUCUUUGGUUGCUAAGUGUGAGUGAAGACACUCAGGAUGGCUCAGGGAUCCGGGGAUCAAAGAGCAGUGGGGAUUGCUGACCCAGAGGAGAGUUCUCCUAACAUGAUCGUCUACUGCAAAAUUGAAGACAUCAUUACAAAGAUGCAAGAUGACAAGACAGGGGGUGUACCCAUCAGAACAGUCAAGAGCUUUCUCUCCAAAAUCCCCAGUGUUGUCACAGGUACUGACAUUGUGCAGUGGCUUAUGAAGAACCUUUCCAUUGAGGACCCAGUUGAAGCAAUACACUUGGGAAGCCUUAUCGCUGCCCAGGGAUACAUCUUCCCAAUCUCAGACCAUGUUCUCACCAUGAAGGACGAUGGCACCUUUUAUCGUUUCCAGGCUCCGUACUUCUGGCCUUCAAACUGCUGGGAACCUGAAAACACCGACUAUGCCAUCUAUCUUUGUAAGAGGACAAUGCAGAAUAAAGCAAGACUGGAACUGGCAGAUUAUGAAGCAGAAAACUUAGCAAGACUUCAGAGGGCCUUUGCAAGGAAGUGGGAAUUCAUCUUUAUGCAAGCAGAAGCACAAGUAAAGAUUGACCGGAAAAAGGACAAGACAGAAAGGAAAAUUUUGGAUAGUCAAGAACGAGCCUUUUGGGAUGUCCACAGGCCUGUGCCAGGCUGUGUGAACACAACAGAAAUGGAUAUCCGAAAAUGCCGACGUUUGAAGAAUCCACAAAAGGUUAAAAAGUCCGUGUAUGGCGUGACCGAAGAGUCCCAGUCACAGAGCCCCGUGCACGUACUCAGCCAACCAAUCAGGAAAACUACAAAAGAGGAUAUCCGGAAACAGAUAACAUUUUUGAAUGCACAGAUCGACAGACAUUGUUUGAAAAUGUCCAAAGUGGCUGAAAGCUUGAUUGCCUACACAGAACAAUACAUGGAAUAUGACCCUUUGAUAACACCAGCCGAGCCAUCCAACCCUUGGAUCAGCGACGAUGUUGCUUUGUGGGACAUAGAGAUGAGCAAAGAGCCCAGCCAACAGCGAGUAAAAAGAUGGGGCUUCUCUUUUGAUGAGAUAUUGAAAGACCAGGUGGGACGAGACCAGUUUCUACGAUUCCUGGAGUCCGAAUUCAGUUCAGAAAACCUCAGGUUCUGGCUGGCUGUCCAAGAUCUUAAGAAACAGCCCCUACAGGAUGUGGCCAGGAGGGUAGAAGAAAUCUGGCAAGAGUUUCUGGCUCCGGGGGCUCCAAGUGCAAUCAACCUGGAUUCUCACAGCUAUGAGAUAACCAGUCAAAACGUCAAAGAUGGAGGGAGACACACAUUUGAAGAUGCCCAGGAGCACAUCUACAAGCUGAUGAAAAGUGACAGUUAUGCCCGCUUCCUCCGGUCAAAUGCUUACCAGGACUUGCUGCUGGCCAAGAAGAAGAGCUUCAUCGGCUCCAGCCUUGGGCACUGAAGACAGGAAAUGGGUUGCUGGUGCCAGAGCAAGACUGGAGGCCAUGGAGGAGAGGAGAGAGGAGGACCAGGCGUUCAUCCACCUCCUAAGAGAGCAUCGAAGUUUCGCUUUGCCAAGUUGCUCCUUGGAAUCGCGGCAGCAAGGGCCGGAAGCUGCAGAAGCCUUGGCACGUGAUGGGUGGCAUCUCUGCGACAGGCUUUCCUGUCCUGCCUGCCAAGGAAUGCAGCAGGCAAGUCAGAUGGGGAGCGGGAAGCUCAGGGAGCCAGCUGCCACUCAGCCUCCCUCGCUCCCUCCUUCCCUCCCCCUCUUCCUUCCUCUGCCAAAAGCCAAGGAAGAGCUAAUGAGAGCCAAGAAGUCAGCAGCUCACCCACACGCCCAGCCCCAGGCAGCUCUGCAGAGAGAAACCCCCAGCUCUAGGCCCAGGUGCUGACCGGAAGUGGAGGGCUGAGGCUGUCAGCAGGGGAGGGGAAGGCAGACAACCAGGGCAGUCAGCCGAGUGCUCCUGCCUGCCCGGGGAGGGCGGUAUUGUUCUCCCCUCUUCAAGGUUUCCGGGUGAACAGUCACGCAGCACCUCGGUGGAAUGAGUUCCCAAACACCUAGACUCAGCAGAGUCCCCAGAGGGCUUUGACCUCAGUUGAAAUAAUCUUUUCAGGCCUCUGGCAAGGGCCAAUUGACUAAAAAUCUUUUCAAGGGGUUAGUUUUUAUUGCGAACAGUCCUUGGACUCCUUUGGGACUGCUGGGUCGCAAACAUUAGUGCCAGCCUCUCCCAUCUCAGAGCGCUGAGAUUCAGCUGCAGUAAAACCCUGGCCCUGGCUGGAUCUGGAGGGAGACAUCCAUCAAAGUGGGAGGGAAAGCAUGGAAACCUGCCUCAAGCAGCGAGGCCAAGUCCUGGGACUCAGAUACCGCAGAAGCCACCGUACAGAGUGUCUCCUGCUUCCAGCCUCAGCUUGCUAGCUGUGUGACCUCAAGCAAAUCACUAGCCCUCUCUGAGCCCUAGUUUUCUCCUCUGACAUGACUUGGACUGGGUCAUCUCAUCCCUUCCAGCUAGGAGUAUUCUGCAGCUCUGUGCUUCCCUCUGUCCUGAGAUUUCUGAGUUAUAUGGCUUAUUCCUUAGAAUGGGAGAGAAGCUACCUUCCUGCCCAAUCAGUUUCCUGAUUUGGAAGUGCCUGCCAGCCUAUAAGGCUGGGAGAUAAAUGUAGAUAGAGUUGAGUUGGGUGUAUUUACAAACCCUGGACAUGCACUGGCAGGGGAACUGAGUGCCCCACAGGCCUUGCUGGGUUGUUCAGGCUCACUCAUAUAUAGUGAGUUGCUGAAGGCCCAGGGAGGACUCACAGAGAACAGGAUGAGUGCCCCACACCGUGUAGCCUCACCAGUUCUGCAUUCCCCGCCCUUCUGGUCUGGGUGCCCAGCUGUGUGUGUGUCAGGUGGGGUCAGCUGGGUAGAAAGGUGGACACCGGGGUGGGUGCUGCCACAUCACUGCAUGCAUUGUGGGGGCUCAGGGGCCCUACAAGUAUGGGAAAGGAUGAAAUGUGAGCAUUUGGGAAUCUCAGCACACACUGCUGCUCACCUGCUACCAGGCUUUCUGGUUCCCUAGGGAAUCCGGGGCCAGCUUGUUGCUGUCCUCUUUUAGAGAUGGGAAAUAAGGGUACGAGAGACAGUGUUACCUUGUUUACAAUCAGUGGUGAAGUCCAUGGUAAGGCCAGGUUACAGCUCCUCCAUACUUCACUUUUUAUCUCGGCCCUGGGAAAUUAGGAAAAGCAUAUUUACUAUUAUUAUGUAGCUGGAAAAUGAAAAUGUAAGUUUUUUUUUAUAAACUGUAAAAUGCAAAACAACAGACUCAGCAAGGCUGGUGGGUGCAGAGAAGACACAGUGGCAAAGUGGUUCCCCACGGGGUCGACAGGGAAGAAUCUCGAGGCUUUGAUUUAUCCUAAAGGGCCACAGGUUGGUUGUCAUUUUUGAGACACUGGGCCCUAGACCCUGGCAUUUCCCUUGGAAGGAAAAAACCCCAGUUGUUCCCGCUGAUAAUUCAACCUGUCAGCCAAAAGAAGCCAAAAUGCCCUCCCCACAGAGUGCCCACUUGGAGAAAAACCCCACUCGUAACUGAGCUUCUGGACACGUGGGGCGAUCGGGGCCCAGUGGGGGCAGCCUCUCCUGGCCUUCCCUCACCAGCCCUCCCUCGCCCCCUGCCCAGGCCCUCUCCUGCCUUCCCCAGACCCCAGUGUGCCAAGCAGUCAAGUGAAAAUCAAAUCCUCUGAAGGCAGAAGGACACAGCUGUGUGUUUACAGCCACUGAUUCAGAUCCAAAUCGCAUACCCGGCCAGUCUCCAGCAAGGCAGGCUGGGGGCAAAGUGUGUGUGUGCCAGGCAGGGAUCUAUUUCAGGAGGUGACCUGCAGCCCUUCGCCGUGGCGGUGGCUUCCUCCCACCCCCUCUCAGGAAGGCGCUCUCACUUCACAAGCCGCCAGUGGGGUUGUGGGGUCUUGGCCUGCUGCUCGUCACAUGUGCAGUCAGACCCUGGUGCCAUCCCUGUGCAGUCACAUGGGAACUGCGUGGGCUCCCACCUGCCUGGUAAGAAGGCGGGGAGUGUAGGACCCCCCCCCCACAGGAUAAACCAUGGGAAGGUGAACCACACAGGAGACAGGAUGCCCACCUCUGCCAAGAGCAGAGCCUGCCUCAGUCCCAUCUGGGGAGCAGUGGCACUGCAGCAGAAGGGGCCAGAAAGAGAGCAUCCAAUGGCAGGAGCCGGGCAAGGGGACAGCACUGCCAAUGUCAAGGUCAAGGAGAGGAGAUCCAACUCUGCCUGUGGUCCAGACUGGAAAGUUCAAAGAGAAGUCAGAACACUUCAAGUCUAAGGACCUCAAAGGCUAAGAAGUAAGACCUCCAUGGAAGUCCCCCUAGAACGAGCUCCUGAUGGAAACCACAGGGGAUGCUUUCCCUUUUUAAAAUAUCGAAUGAGUGUCCCUAGUUCGAGUUAGGAAACCAUGACAUUUUGGAAGGAGGGCACGAUAUCUGUCCAUAGGUAGGAACAGCUUGUAAGAUGUUGCCCUCCAGCUGAGUGGCUACAUGGGACACUGCUGGCAGCAGGCAGGGUCGCUUAGAAGAGCUCAGAGCAGUGGGAUUUUUAGUUUUGUCAUGUUUGCCCAAAGGUGGAUGGGAGAAAGACCCUUGGGUGUUUGCUCAGUGGCUCACCAAUGGGUUGGAAGCAUGGGGUCACCCUGGCAGUGGCAGGGCCCACAGGGCAGUGGUUCUUCCAUGUUCUCUAAUCAUGGUCAAAUCACAUCAGCUUGAGCAACAGCACCAUGGCCACAAAUGGGAAGGUGCCUCGUUAGUGUAAUAUUUGGCAGAUUCUCUCUACACACACCAUGGCAGUCUGGCUUACUGUAGAAGGGUAACCUUAAAAAAUACAUGCCCUGCUCCAGAAAAAAACCACAUGUGGCCUGUUAGAAGCACAAUAAGGUUGAAAGCAAUGUCCACUCCUGCCUCCCUCCCCCUGCUCACCUCCACUUGCCUCCGUUUGCUCCUAUGUGGGUGAAGUGAGUAUAUUCAGUGUCUUCAUGGCAGGUGAGAGGGUGAAUGAAUCCAUCUAUGUCUGCUGGAAAGGCAGUGUCUGGUAGUGGGCCACAAGGGUUCAGCCAUGGCCCAUCGAACAUCCUUUUUGAUGACCUGGAUGAAGAGACAAACCUUCCAACCACAUUCCAAUAUCCAGAACUCCAAAGUGUGGCUCAUUUGGUAGAUAAUGGAAUUAUAUUUGGAAAGCAUUUCCUGCAGCAGGGAUGAUGGGUCAAAAACAGCCAGAUAACGUUUUAUCAGGUCAUAGUUAAGGGGCUUUCUUAAUUUGGUUUCUCAACCACAGGAUAGCAUUUGUAGCCUUUCCUAAAAAUCAAGUAAAAAAAA